AUGCUCUCCACAUUGUUCUUACCAGUUGUUCUCUGUCUUAUUUUUCCUGUGCUUUUCUUGUUCUUCAUCAACAGUCUCAGAACCUUCAAGAACUCACCCUGUCCUCCAGGUCCUCAAGGCCUUCCAAUUAUAGGAAAUUUACAUCAGUUAGAUAACUCCAUUCUUUAUCUGCAGCUAUGGCAACUCUCAAAGAAAUAUGGUCCUAUAUUCUCCCUUCAAUUUGGGUUAAGACCAGCUAUUGUUAUUUCUUCCCCUAAACUGGCCAAAGAGAUACUCAAAAUUCAUGACCUUGUGUUUAGUGGACGACCUAAAUUAUGUGGCCAACAGAAACUGUCCUAUAAUGGAUCAGAGAUUGCCUUUUCCUCAUACAAUGAAUAUUGGAGAGAAAUCAGAAAAAUUUGUGUUGUCCAUAUCUUCAGCUCCAAGCGUGUGUCAACCUUUUCCUCUAUAAGAAAGUUUGAGGUGCAACAGAUGAUAAAAAGAAUAUCUGGGCAUGCCUCUUCUGCGGGUGUUACAAACUUGAGUGAGUUACUACUUUCUUUCUCAAGCACUGUAAUGUGUAGACUCGCUUUUGGGAGAAGGUACGAGGAAGAAGGAAGUGAAAAGAGUAGGUUCCAUGAGUUGCUGAAGGAGCUUCAGGCCAUGAUGGGCUCCUUCUUCAUCUCUGAUUAUAUUCCGUUCAUGGGUUGGGUUGACAAACUGAGAGGAUUGCAUGCACGUCUUGAUCGAAACUUCAAGGACUUUGAUAGGUUCUACCAAGAUGUCAUUGAAGAACACAUGGAUCCCAACAGAGAACGUGCAGAUCAACAGGAUAUGGUUGAUGUCUUGCUUCAGCUCAAGAAUGACCGUUCGCUUUCAAUAGAUAUCACUUUUGAUCACAUCAAAGGGGUCCUCAUGAACAUUCUUGCAGCAGGGACAGAUACCACUGCAGCCACAUUAGUUUGGACUAUGACUGCCCUCGUAAGAAACCCUAGAGUAAUGAAGAAAGUUCAAGAGGAAAUCAGAAACUUGGGAGGUAAAAAAUAUUUCUUAGAUGAAGAUGACAUUCAGAAACUUUCCUAUUUGAAGGCUGUGAUAAAAGAGGCAUUGAGAUUGUACCCACCAGGCCCACUGCUUGUACCAAGAGAAUCAAAUGAAGACUGCAUUAUUAGUGGCUACCGAGUUCCAGCCAAGGCAAUUGUGAUCGUGAAUGCUUGGGUUAUUCAUAGAGAUCCAGAAGCUUGGAAAAAUCCUGAGGAGUUUUACCCAGAAAGAUUCUUAGACUGUGCUAUAGAUUUUCAUGGACAAGAUUUCGAACUAAUUCCUUUUGGAUCAGGUCGUAGAAUUUGCCCAGGUAUAGCUAUGGCGGUUGUGACACUAGAAUUAGUCCUUGCUAAUCUUCUUCGUUCCUUUGAUUGGGAAUUGCCUCAAGGGAUGGUAAAGGAAGACAUUGAUCUUGAAGUAUUGCCAGGAAUUACCCAACACAAGAAGAAUCAUCUUCGUCUUUGUGCCAAGACUAGGACCAAUAUAUAA